UUAGAGGACGACACCUUUGACAAGCUCAGCACCGUACGUAUUUCAUUUUUCAUCUUCUUCAGCUGACCCAAUUAGGGUUUUCAAAAUCUCCAAAUUUUCCCCCAAAUCUUACUACGUAUCAUGAAGGAUUCAAAUUUGGAUCUGUUCGAUCCAAGAACUGCUGUAAUGGACGCUUCUGACUAUACCAUCGAAGUCGCCCGCGGUGACGCCGACUUCGGUUUCGCUUUCAACGAUAGCAAUUUCUCCGAUCGUAUUCUUCGUAUAGAGAUAAUUUCUGAAUCUGCUGAGACUAGAACCGAUGGGGAAGGUUGCACCAGUCUCGCUGAUUGGGAUAGGAAUCGGAAACGCCGUAGAGAAGAUAUCAAAAGAGAAAAUGCAUUCACAGCCGUAGACAUGGCUGCUGCAGGUCCAGAGGAACAAAUUCUGAAUCAGCCUGACAACAUUCCUGAUGAUGGGGACACUGAAAACCAGGAGGAGGAGGCGGCAGCAAUGAUUGAAGAACCACAAUCAGGAGAUGAAGGUGCAAAUGACGUUGAUUCAAACUGGAGUAUGGAGUGUUCAACAGUUCUGAGAGUAAAAACUUUACAUAUUAGCUCUCCAAUUUUGGCGGCAAAAAGUCCUUUUUUUUACAAGCUCUUUUCCAAUGGGAUGAGGGAGUCGGAGCAACGACAUGUAACUUUGCGGAUCAAUGCCUCUGAGGAAGCUGCCCUUAUGGAACUUCUCAACUUUAUGUACAGCAAUACCUUAACGGUGACUACUGCCCCUGCUCUGCUGGAUGUGUUGAUGGCCGCCGACAAGUUUGAGGUGGCUUCAUGCAUGAGAUAUUGCAGCCGUUCAUUGAGAAAUCUGCCUAUGACCCCCGAAUCUGCACUUCUCUAUCUCGAUCUUCCAUCCAGUGUCUUAAUGGCUGAAGCAGUUCAACCAUUGACUGAUGCAGCAAAACAAUUCCUUGCCGUUCGCUAUAAAGACAUAACCAAGUUUCAAGACGAGGUUCUAAACUUGCCUCUUGCCGGGGUCGAAGCAAUUUUGUCGAGUGAUGAUCUUCAAGUGGCAUCAGAAGAUGCAGUUUACGACUUUGUCCUCAAGUGGUCCCGGAUCCAGUACCCGAAGGUCGAGGAGCGACGCGAAAUCCUAGCGACACGGCUCGCUCAGUUCAUCCGUUUCCCUUACAUGACCUGCCGAAAGCUCAGAAAGGUCAUGGCUUGCAACGACUUCGACCACGACUUCGCACAGAAAGUCGUGGUCGAAGCCCUCUUCUUCAAAGCCGAAGCCCCACACCGACAACGCAGCCUUGCUGCCGACGAAAACCCGAACCCGAACCGUAGGUUCGUCGAACGGGCCUACAAGUACCGACCCGUGAAGGUCGUGGAGUUCGAACUGCCACGUCAGCAAUGCGUGGUGUACCUGGAUUUGAAACGUGAAGAAUGCACGAAUCUGUUUCCUUCCGGAAGAGUCUAUUCACAAGCGUUCCAUUUAGGCGGACAAGGGUUCUUUUUAUCGGCGCAUUGUAACAUGGACCAACAAAGUUCGUUUCAUUGUUUCGGUCUUUUUUUGGGGAUGCAGGAAAAAGGGUCGGUCACGUUUGCGGUGGAUUACGAGUUUGCCGCCCGAUCGAAGCCGACCGAAGAGUAUAUCAGCAAGUAUAAGGGGAAUUAUACGUUUACGGGCGGAAAAGCGGUCGGUUAUCGGAAUCUGUUUGCGAUUCCAUGGACGUCGUUUAUGGCGGAAGACAGUCUUUAUUUCAUCAACGGGAUUCUGCAUCUGCGGGCCGAACUUACGAUCAGGCAUUGAAAUCGGUUAGUUUUUACGAAGGUCUAACGUUAAAUACCGGUGACGAUGAAAUGGCUUUGAGAAAGGAAAUGUAAAUUUGGAAUCUGGAUUUUAUGUUGCUUCUUUUUUGUGAAAAAUGACGUCGUAUUUAAACAAUAUUCAAUCAAAUGUUGUUUUGCAAAGAAAAUGGUGACUUGGGAAAAAACCGUAUUUGUUAUGAUUGGUAUUGUUGAAGCCCCCGGGGUAUGAAGCUUAGUUGACAAAGGGACGGAGUGAUUUUGUCCGAAUAUAGAACAAGUUCAAGUUCGAAUCCCAUGAGAUGUGAGCUUGAAUUCCUUCUUUUGCCUAAA